AUCCUAGUUAAAGUUGGUAAGUAUACUUGCCUACAUAAAUGAUCUCAAAAGACCAAACCAAAACCAUAAACGGAGGUUCUUUUUCUCUUGACCUAGAAACCUUACACCUUCUUACUUUCAAAGCUAUGGCGAAUUGGGCAGAGUUGCCGCAGGAUCUCCUUACUCAGAUUACAAAGCGUGUUAAAGCGAUCGAAGAUUUCAUUGCUUUUGGUGCUGUCUGUACCUCAUGGAGAAUUGCUGCUACAAAGAAAUUCUUCGAUGUGCUUUCGCCCCAAGUUCCAUUACUUAUGUUGGCGGAUAAAGAUGAGGAUUAUCGAGAAUUUUAUUCUCUUUCGAAGAAGAAAGUUUCACGCAUAUUUCUCCCAGAAAUUAGAGGGCGAGAGUGUUUUCCAUCAGAGGGAUGGCUGUUCACCAUGUCAUAUACCGGAGAGAUGAACUUGUUGCACCCUUUCUCUCAUAUCAAUAUACAGCUUCCCCCACGAGAAGACUUAUUAGCUUCAGAGGGUCUCGGAGAAGCACCUGAAGAAGAGAUCUGGAACUGCAUGGACAAAGCUAUCUUAUCGGCCAGUCCUUCUCUUACAUCAGAUUAUGUACUGGUGGUUAAUUAUUAUGGACGUGUUAAUAGUUUGGCUUUUUGGCGACCUGGAGAUCUCAACUGGACUAAUAUUGACAUUAACACCCAUGGUGCAGUCACAAGUAUGAAUUAUUACAAGGGUCAAUUUUAUUCUGUCACAUGGUCUGGCCAAGUCUGGGUUUUUGAUGUUGCAGGGCCUAGCAUUACCAAACCAAUUGUAAAACCACGCUUGCUUAUUUGGCUGAAAGAUAAAAUCUUUAGUCAAAGUUCAGUUAAGUUCUACCUAGUCGAGUUAUCCGGUACACUAUUACUUGUUACCCGAUUUUCUCAUGGAGGGUGUCAGACCUUUAAAUUUAAAGUAUUCGAGUUAGAUUUAAUCAAACUCGAAUUGAAAGAGAUUAACACCUUGGGAGAUUCAGCAAUUGUUUUGGGCCUUAAUGGAGCAAGUUCUGUUGACUCUUCUAAAUUUAUAGGAGUCAAGCCUAAUCACAUAUACUUUACGGAUGAUUGGGAAGAGGAAUUAAAACACGUGGAAGAUGGUGGUGGAAGAGAUAUGGGGGCUUACAAUAUUGAAGAUGAAAAAAUUGAAUCUUUUUAUCCCGGAUUGUCACUAAGUCCUAUUUCACCGCCUACUUGGGUUACACCAUCAUUUUGAUUAUGUGAUUGUGGUCAUUAUUUAGGGAUUCAAACAAUUUUUUUUAAAAUAUACUUUGAAUCAUUAGUUAUGUACUUAUGUUGACUUAUACUUUUCAUGUACGUAGUUUCAAAUACAUAAAUUUUAUUUUAAGAGAUACGAAGAAUCUAUACCUGAAUUCAUAUUAAAAAUUAAGAUUUUUUUACUCUCGUACUCCGAACUCGUCACAUGAAUUGGGACAGUAUCUGUUGUUUGGUUUAUUCAGUUUAGCCUUUUGUUGCAUUAUUUUUUUUUUUUUUUGAUCGACUUGGUUGCUUUGAUCUUCACUUAAGAUUAAAGUACAACCAGCUGAAACUUUGGAUAAGUAAUCUUAUUAAUUAAUAGCACCAAGGAGGAACUAUCUAGGUAUGGAAUUAUCUUGAUGGGGAAUUCAGUCAGGCUCAAGAUGUUUCCUAUGCAAGGAGUGUGCUGAGAACAACAACUACUAUAUGUUUUUUACAUGGCCAAUUGUGGCAGGUUUUCUUGAGGGUGGUUGGUCUAAAAUUGGUUACGCUAGAAUCUACUUUGGAUAUGGUGAAAUGCUAGAAUAAUGUACAAGGUAAUGUAAGGCAAAACAAGUGCUGGAAAUCUAUUACAAACUUGUAUAUGGUGGACUGUGCGGAAUGCAAGGUGCUUUGAAGAUAUCAGUAGUCCUACACACUGAACUAAGUCUAACUGUAUUUUGUCCUUGUACUUUUGGUGUAAAGAAAAUUAUGUAGAGGAUGCUGAAUCUUUACUUGAUUUUCUAGGAUCCUUGUGAAGAAUUGCAAGUAGUUCUUGUAAGAUGAACAAGACUUUGCUCAGUUUCCUUAAUGCUGAUGAAUAUACUGUUACCAUUUUCAAAAAAUCUAUGGGUUCUUUCAAGCUAAUCUUCAUUAUAUGCCUAGUGGUUUAGGAAUAUGCACCAACCCCACCAUAUGUAUCUACAAUGCAAAAGAAUGUGACCGACUGAUUCUGCAUUUCCCUUCACAAAAAUCAGAUCUGCUGCACAAGUUGUAACUUCUUUUCUUGUCUGUGGAGAUCUCAAUGUUACUACACGAAUUAAAGAACACUCUCAGAGGCUCACUGGCAGCAUGUCAGAUUUAUCCUGCUUUAUUGAGGAGCUAGAACUAAUUGACCCCCCACUCCAUGUUGGUUCUUUUACUUGGUUCAAAGAUCAAAGGUGAUACAGUAUCAGCAGCUUCCAGAAUCGGCAGGUUCUUUUUUCCCCGUAUAAUGGGAUGAAAAUUUAGUUUUGUUGGACAACUAUGCUUCCAAUGCCUAUUUCAGACCAUGCUCCUUCGUUUCUGCAAUGUGGAAAGUGGCAACAAACAAAUUCGUACUUUAAAUUCGAGAACAUGUGGCUGGAAUUUGACGGUUUUGUUGAUUUAGUGGCUGGUUAGUGGAGGAGUAAUUUCAUUAUCCAGGGCCGUCCGAACUAUGCUUUUUUCUGUAAAAAUGAAGCGUCCCAAGAACAAAUUGAGGGCGUGGAACACAAAUAGCUUCUGAAUACUCAGUCACAGAAAAAGCUUUGUGUUAAGGGACAUAUGGAUCGAGGAAAUGCCCUUGAAGAUCACUUACCCAGCUCUGUAAGGACACGAGUGGAGAAUUAUCACCGGAUUUGAUCCAAAAAAUACAGGGGGAAUUACCUUACCGGUUAACAUUUGGAUGGUAUUGCAGACACCGGGAAUUUGACGGAGAGGGAACUACUGCAAAAGCUGACCUACUUGUGGAUUUGGAGGAUAUUUUGCCAAAGUAGAAGAAAUUUCGUGGAGGCAAAUAUCUAGAUGUACUUGGCUUAAACAUUGGGACAAAAACACCUUUUUCUUACACAAAAUAGCCAACACGCACAAGUAUUACAAUCAUAUUGAUAGGCUUCUGGUGAAUGGGGAAGUUGUUCAUGAUGAGCAGAUUAUUUGCAAUGAACUCUGUUUUUUUUCCCCCUAAUUUGUACUCAUAGUCCGAACAACAAAGGACAAGCUGCUUUCCUGGGAAUCUGCCUGCUAACACAGGGGAGGAGAAUGAAUGGUGGUAUAGGGAAUUUGAGGAAGAUGAAGUUAAAGGAGUUUGACAGCAGUAAAGCAAGUUAUAAAGCAUCGGACUGAACGGUUUCACUUUGGAAUUCUACAAAACAAGUGCUGGAAUGUGAUAAAAACAGACUUGUUGAAGGCUUUACACCAUUUUCAUUCAGCCGCUCAGUUUGGAAGAAGUUUUAAUGCCACUUACAUUGCUUUGUUUCCCAAGAAAUCACGUGCCAAAGAUAGGCCCAUCAGUUUGAUUGGUAGCUUUUAUUAGAUUGUGUCGAAGCUAUUAUCGGAAAGACUGAAGAAAGUCAUUGAGAAGUUGGUCGGUAGUUAGUAUUCAUAAAGGGAAGACAGAUAACUGAUGCAGCUCUUAUCGCAAAUGAAUGCAUAGACACAAGGAUCAGAGAAAAGACUUCAGGGAUUCUUUAUAAGCUAGAUAUAGAGAAGGCUUUUUAUCAUGUCCAUUGGAAAUUCCUCUUGAACCUGUCAAGUAACAUGGGCUUUGGUCAGAAAUGGGUCAGCUGGAUUCAUUUUUGUAUCUCUGCAGAUAGGAUGUCAGAAUUGAUAAAUGGGUUGCAAAAGGUUUUUCCAGACGCAUAGGGGACUAAGGAAUGAAAAGGGAGAUGCUCUCAGUGCAUCGUAUUACCACAUAGUGAGUCCCCUGUCCAGUACUGCUGUUGGCACGGAGGUGACCCAUAGCUUCUCUACAAACAAGAAUGCCAUCCUUGCUAAUCUUUUGACAACUGUUACGGUUGUUGAAUCUGCUCCUGGGCUGAAGACAAAUUUUCCUUUUCAAAGUGCAACAAAGGUUACGUUAGCUCUGUACGAUCCAUUGACGGGGAAUUGCAAGACGAAAUUGUUUACUACAUACAGUGCUUCAUAUUACCCCUGCAUGGCUGUCUUGUAUGAGUGCUAUGGAGAUGCUGCGACUUGUUGGGAGAUCAGGAAUGUUGUCUUGGCAGGCUGCCGCUUUCAUUGGUUUAGGAAUAUGCACCAAACCCGCCAUAUGUAUCUACAAUGCAAAAGAAUGUGACCGACUGAUUCUGCAUUUCCCUUCACAAAAAUCAGAUCUGCUGCCCAAGUUGUAACUUCUUUUCUUGUCUGUGGAGACCUCAAUGUUACUCACUACACGAAUUAAAGAACACUCUCAGAGGCUCACUGGCAGCAUGUCAGAUUCAUCCUGCUUUAUUGAGGAGCUAGAACUAAUUGACCCCCGACUCCAUGUUGGUUCUUUUACUUGGUUCAAAGGUGAUACAGUAUCAGCAGCUUCCAGAAUUGGCAGGUUCUUUUUUUUCCCGUAUAAUGGGAUGAAAAUUUAGUUUUGUUGGACAACUAUGCUUCCAAGGCCUAUUUCAGACCAUGCUCCUUCGUUUCUGCAAUGUGGAAAGUGGCAACAAACAAAUUCGUACUUUAAAUUCGAGAACAUGUGGCUGGAAUUUGACGGUUUUGUUGAUUUAGUGGCUGGUUAGUGGAGUAAUUUCAUUAGCCAGGGCCGUACGAACUAUGCUUUUUUCUGUCAAAAUGAAGCGUCUCAAGAACAAAUUGAGGAACACAAAUAGCUUCUGAAUACUCGGUAACAGAAGAAGCUUUGUGUUAGGGACAUAUGGAUCGAGGAAAUGCCCUUGAAGAUCACUUACCCAGCUCUGUAAGGACACGAGUAGAGAAUUAUCACCGGAUUUGAUCCAAAAAAUACUGGGCGGAGUUACCUUACCGGUAAACAUUUGGAUGGUAUUGCAGACACCAGGAAUUUGACGGAGAGGGAACUACUGCAAAAGCUGACCUACUUGUCGAUUUGGAGGAUAUUUUGCCAAAGUAGAAGAAAUUUCGUGGAGGCAAAUAUCUAAAUGUACUUGGCUAAAACAUUGGGACAAAAGCACCUUUUUCUUACACAAAAUAGCCAACCCGCACAAGUAUUACAAUCAUAUUGACAGGCUUCUGGUGAAUGGGGAGGUUGUUCAUGACGAGCAGAUUGUUUGCAAUGAACUCCGUUUUUUUAAAAAAAAAAAUUGUACUCAUAGUCAGAACAACAAAGGCCCAGCUGGUUUCCUGGGAAUUUGCCUGCUAUCACAGGGGAGGAAAAUGAGUGGUAGUAUAGGGAAUUUGAGGACGAUGAAGUUAAAGGAGUUAGACAGCAGUAAAGCAAGUGAUAAAGCAUCGGGCUGGAUGGUUUCACUUAUGGGAUUCUACAAAAAGUGCUGGAAUGUGAUAAAAACAGACUUGUUGAAGGCUUUACACCAUUUUCAUUUAGCCGCUCAGUUUGGAAGAUGUUUUAAUGCCACUUACAUUGCUUUGUUUCCCAAGAAAUCGCGUGCCAAAGAAGUCAGGGACUAUAGGCCCAUCAGUUUGAUUGGUAGCUUUUAUAAGAUUGUGUCCAAGCUAUUAUGAGAAAUACUGAAGAAAGUCAUUGAGAAGUUGGUUGGUAGUUAGUAUUCAUAAAGGGAAGACAGAUAACUGAUGCAGCUCUUAUUGCAAAUGAAUGCAUAUACACAAGGAUUAUAUAGAGAAGGCUUUUUAUCAUGUCCAUGGGAAAUUCCUCUUGAACCUGUUAAGUAACAUGGGCUUUGGUCAGAAAUGGGUCAGCUGGAUUCAUUUUUGUAUCUCUACAGACAGGAUGCCAGAAUUGAUAAAUGGGUCGCAAAAGGUUUUUCCAGACGCACAGGGAACUAAGGUGAAGGAGAUGACUAUGACACUACUAUACAAAUCAGACUUGGUGCUUUCUGACGAUAUAGGAGAAGCUAGAUCGACAAGACUUUCUUACGGGCGUGAUUUUGAUACUCAUCAACCUACAGGACGUUUCUGCAAUGGAGAAUUACUGUCGAUGAUCUUGUUGCAGAGAAGUGGUCCAGUGAACUUGGAGAAUUCAAUGAUAUUUUAUUUGAGAUUAAGGCGUGAUUGAUUGAUUGAUUGGUUGAUUGAAUAAUUGUUAGUGAGAAAACUAUUCGACAUUCAAUGAAAUGAUUUAUGGUCUUUUGCUGUUUCUAGAAUUUUAUCCUCUUAAAACUUAAAUACUGAUUUUGUGGAAAUCUUGGUUUGUAAAUUUUUCAGAAAUUCAGUGAUUCAUUCUUGCUAUAUUUUGGGGAAUUUUAGUGUAAAGAUUGUGGCUAGUGGGGUUCGAGUUCUUCCGGUUUAUUGCUAAUUUUUCAUUUUCUGGAUUUGUAUUAUGUUAGCUCUGCGUCUUGGAUUAUGUAAAUGAGUUAGUUGGAUGCAUAAUAGAGGUGCCUUGAUGGUAUCACACAUGGCACUGUGUGACUAAGUUAAGCUUAGAAGUUAGUUGCAGUUAAUAGAUUUAGUUAGUGGAGUUAAGUAGGUGGUUGUGUUGAUAUAAAUAUACAGUUGGCAUAGAUAUUUUAGCUUAUCUCAUUUCAUUUCUUCGUACACUGGCUUGUUGCCUACGCAGUAAUACAAAGUUCUCUCUCUUCUCUUGAGCUCACAGUCGUGUCAAUUGCAUUGAGUCCUAUGUUACUCGGAUUCUUGAAAAAUGUUGUUGGGUGCGUGUCGGAUCCUUCAAAUUUAGUGCAUUUUGGAGGAUCUGACACAGGUGCGGCAACAUUUUUGGAGAGUCCGAACAACAUAGAUUGAGUCACUGUUUCGUCAUUCAGUUUGUGAAACUUAACAUUUUACCAUUUGUUCCGAGUUAUCUAGGGUAGGCUGGUUCCAUGGAAGCAGGGGCAACCCAAAGGGUCAAGCCACUAAAGCAAAGGCUUAGGCCCCCAAAUUUUGAGGGCCCCGAAUUUUUCUUUUUGUUUUCUACUCGUAAUUGUAUUGAGAUUCCGACUAAUCUAGAUUCGUACCGCGUAAGGCCUAACAAAAGAGAGAACAUAUUUUAUCAGGAUAUUUUUUAACCACAGGACUCGAAACCGAUAUAUCUAAUUAAGGUAAGUUGGAUCAUAUACAUCUCACAGCAAUCUUUAGAGGAAGGGUCUACAUAUAUUAGGUACGUUAAAAGAAAAAAAUAAAAUAUUUUAUAAAAAGUAAAGAUAACUUUUAAUUUCGUAUUGAUGUAACCGUUUGAGCAAAAAUUGGAGAAAGAGAAUCACUCCCCCUAAACCCUUGUCGCAAAUAUAUAAACUUUUCAUUAUUUAAAUUUUACGAUUGAAAUCAUUAGUGAGGUACCUAUAUUAUUAUUCUCCUUUUACAUUUCUCAUUAAAAACGUGUAAUAAACUUUUAAAAUCCGUUUUUUGGAAUCUUCAAUAGUCCAGGUCUUAUUUUUUAUCUUUCUCAUCAAAAAAUGUGUACUACAUUCUUGUAUUCUCUUUUUUGGUUUAAGCAAAAAAGUUUAAGUUCUCGAUAAGUUAUAUUGUUCUUUGUAGAAAGAAAAGAGUUUUAUUUUUUCUAUUAAAAACAAGAGUUGAAGAGUACCGUUGAAUAAAACUAUAUUGCGCAUUCUUUUUAUCCCUUUUUUCCCCCUCAGGUUUCAAGCGUUUCAACAAGUAUAUUAGUACAUCAAAAAUUAUUUCGAUAUUAAGUUAUAAACUUCUUGAAUCUGGUUCUAUUAACUAAGAUCAACAAUAUCUUAGGAGAGAUUAAAUUAUUUAUAAAAGAAACUAUUAACAAUUUUACAUCUUAAAAAGCUAGAAAAAUAGACUUCAAUUAAAAAUAUAGAUGAAUUUUUUUUCCUUCUGAAAGGCCCCAUAUUAAAAAUUGGCUUUAGGCCACCAAUCUUCUUGAGCCGCCCCUGCGUGGAAACAUGAUUCAAGGUGUCAAUUAUGCUUCUGCUGGUGCUAGAAUUUAUUUUCUCAAGCAACUAUCGAGAGAGUACCAAUAGCUGUCGGUGAUGAAGGUCACCAACUUUCGGUGGACGCAGAGCCAACGAGUUCAGUCGAAGAGCGUAACGAGUCUAAGAUUACAGAAGCCUUCGCCAACUUUGAUAGGCAUAGCAUUGCAAGCAAGUAGAGCAGCGAGCUUACCCUUUCUUUCUAUUAGAGUCGUGAGCAGACAUGAUUCAUGGUGUAUGGAAGACAGGAUUCAUCGUGAGCAAGCAUUUUCUACUUCAACAACUUUUACUUAUAGCUUAGCAGUUUUGUCUUUCAAAAUUUUGCUCUAGGGUAGGCUGGUUCCAUGGAAGACAUGAUUCAUGGUGUCAAUUAUUCUUCUGCUGUUUCUCAAGCAGCUCUGAAUUGGUACGUUUUCAUAAUAUUUUCUGCUUUAAUCAUAUAGCAGCACUGGAACUGAAAUAAUAAUUUCCAAGAUGUUUUGAAGCAAUAUCUUCAGUUUAUCAGGUAGUAUGUUGAAUGUGUUAAUGCUUAGGUGAUCUAAUUGAUAUUCUUAACUGGAAAAAUGAGCAAAAUUGCAAAUUUAACUUCUAU